UCGUCUCUCCAGCAGUGCGAGUCGAUCGUUCGAGCGCGCUACAUCUAAGCGCAGAAAGCGUCGUGCGAAAACUCACCAAACCCACAGAGAAUAACGUGCGUAUAUCGUGUCACCGUGUCGUGGAAGUGUUAAUUAGGCACAAAGAACAAAGCAGUUUAAACACCCGGAAAGUAGCAUAAACUAGGCAAGAUGAAAGCAUUCAUCGCGAUUGCUCUGCUGAUGCUGGUACAGUGCGUACUGACUGUUCCAGUUCCCCAAUUUCUCACUUUCCGUGAUGGAAAGUUUGGCGUCAACUUCGGUGGAUACCAUGCGGAGGCCGGCCUCGGAGGGCUACUCACUGGCAAUUCCGCCCACGGUGGACUGUCCGCAUCGGCUGGUACCCCGUACGGACAGCAAGCAGGCGCAGGAUUGGGAGGAAUCGUCGGUGGCAACGAACGUACCGCUGGAGGAGCUUACGCGGGAGCAACGGCCGGCGGUGGUGUUGGCGCUAGUGCCGCCAUCGGAGGGGGUCUCGAUGGAGCCGGAGCAGCCGGAGGUGUCGGUGCAGAGUCUCAUGCCGGAGGGUUGAGCAAGAAGGUAGUCAAACUUGGACAAACCAAUGGAGCUGCGCCACCGACUGAGGUUGUCAUCUCGAAGGAGCAUGGUCAUGGGGGAAACUUUGAGCGUAUCGAUAACCGAGAAUACCACAAGGAAGUGCAUACCGAGGUGCAGGCACCAGCGCCACAUCCCGUCCCACCGCAACAUGGUUUCCACAAGACCGUCUACAAGAAGAAAGUGAUCAGUCACCCGCACAAGGUUGCUGUGGUACAUACCUCGACGCAGCAUGGUGGAGCUCCGCAUGGGCUGGAUAUAAAUCGAUUUUUCGAAUUCCAAACGUUCUCCAAUCUGGGUGCCCAAUUUGCGCACCCUCCAUUGCCUCCUCCACCACCGCCACCAGCACCGGCACCAAUUGCAUACAAAACAACGAUCGUGAAGGAAUCGUCUUUCGCGCCGGUACAUUACCACCAACAGCAACCCUCCUACGAGAAAGAGAUUCACACCCGACUUGACUCUUCGAACGGGCACAGUGCCGGUGGUGCAUCGACAAGCACGCACGUGGUCGCAAGUUCGACCCACAACACCAAUUUCUGGAACGAUAUCUUCAACAUUCCAAUCUCCACGUUGUCUGCCGUUAAUCAGUUCCUCAACAACAAGACCGGAAGCGGAAACCUGCAUGUGGAGAAGCACGUCGAGGUGCACUAGUGAUAACCUGGAUGGGUUAUCCGUAAAGGCUUGUAGUCGCAUACAGUGAAGUAACGCAUUUUAAAUCUUUUCAUAGCGCCCUAUCAAGGGUCGAAAAGCAGCUCAAUUUCGGAUGAUUAGUAAGAAGGACCAUUGCGAACGCUGCUAAAUUAUGAACUCACACAGCCGACUGCAGGUUGUGUUUUUGUUCUAAUCUUUAUUUAAAUUUUCUACUCAAAAUAAAAGUACACUUUACACAACAUGA